GAGCCCGCGUCGCCACUUGCUGCCUUUACUCCUCUCCCACCCUCCCCGUUUCAAUUCGGUUCCCUCCGCCCAGUCCCCACUCUCCCCACACUCCAAAGCUCGCCUCGCGCGCGCUCUCUUUCCCCGCCAUGGCCACCCCCUCCUCCUAGCUCCCACCCCCACCCAGAUCCACCUGCGCCCCCCCCCCCCCGCCCGCGCGCCGGCAGAACAUGGGAGGGUGCCACGCGAAGCCGCUCACCCAGGACGCCGACGCUUCGCCGCCGCACGCCGCGCCGGCGACCCCGCCCCCGGGUUCCGCCGCCGUCACUCCCGCGAAGAAGCACUGGGCGGCGUCGCCCUUCUUCCUGUUCUCCACCCCGAGCCCGAGCCCCGCGCACCACCUCUUUGGCGCCUCCGCGGCGUCCCCGCGCAAGUCCCCCGCACCCCCUGGCGCGGGCUCCGCGUCCACAACCCCGGCCAGGCGGCUGCUGCGGCUGCCCUUCCCGCCACCGUCGCCCGCCAAGCAUAUCAAAGCGGCGCUAGCGAGGCGACACGGGCCGCCGCGGCCGUCCAUCCCCGAGGAGGGCGGCGGCGAGGGGGAGGGCGGCGGCGGCGGCAGGGGGCUCGACAAGGGUUUCGGGUUCAACAAGGGGUUCGCGGUCAAGUACGAGAUGGGGGAUGAGGUGGGGAGGGGACACUUCGGCUACACAUGCGCCGCGAGGGUCAAGAAGGGGGCGCGCAAGGGGGAGGCCGUCGCCGUCAAGGUCAUCCCCAAAGCCAAGAUGACAACAUCCAUUGCUAUAGAGGAUGUCCAAAGGGAGGUAAAAAUUUUGAAAGCUUUGGCAGGAAACAAGAACUUGGUUCAAUUUUAUGAUGCCUACGAGGACAACGAGAACGUGUAUAUAAUAAUGGAAUUGUGUGAGGGUGGAGAGCUGCUCGAUAGAAUACUUUCCAGAGGUGGGAAGUACUCUGAGGAUGAUGCAAAAGCUGUCUUGGUGCAAAUAUUAAAUGUUGUUGCUUUUUGCCACAUUCAAGGAGUGGUUCAUCGGGAUCUCAAACCAGAGAAUUUUCUUUUUACUUCGAAAGAUGAGAAUUCUGAACUUAAGGCUAUUGACUUUGGCUUAUCGGAUUUUGUAAAACCAGAUGAGAGGCUAAAUGACAUAGUUGGAAGUGCUUAUUAUGUUGCUCCAGAAGUUCUGCAUAGAUGCUAUAGCACAGAAGCUGAUGUCUGGAGUAUAGGUGUAAUUGCAUAUAUCCUCCUCUGUGGCAGUCGCCCAUUUUGGGCACGCACUGAAUCUGGCAUAUUCCGUUCUGUUCUCAAAGCUGACCCCAGCUAUAAUGAGGCACCAUGGCCUUCUCUGACUCUAGAAGCAAUGGAUUUUGUUAAGCGCUUGCUGUGCAAGGAUCCACGUAGAAGGAUGACUGCAGCACAGGCUUUAAGUCACCCAUGGAUCAGAAAUUAUAAUGACAUUAAGCUGCCAUUGGACAUCCUUAUAUUCAGACUUAUCAAAGCUUAUAUCCGUUCCUCGUCUUUAAGGAAAGCUGCUCUGAGGGCUCUAUCAAAGACUUUAACUGUUGAUGAGCUUUUCUAUCUGAAGGCACAGUUUUCUUUAUUGGAACCAGACAGAAAUGGAUGCAUCACUCUUGAUAAUAUCCGAAUGGCCUUAACAAGAGAAGCUACUGAUGCGAUGAGGGAAUCACGAGUUCAGGAGAUUCUUGUUUCGUUGAGCGCCCUUCAAUACAGAAGAAUGGACUUUCAAGAGUUCUGUGCGGCUGCAGUUAGUGUGCACCAGCUUGAAGCAUUGGAUAGAUGGGAGCAACAUGCCCGAUCCGCUUAUGAACAUUUUGAUAAGGAUGGCAACCGAGCUAUUGUAAUUGAUGAACUAGCUUCUGAAUUGGGCCUCAGCCCUUCUGUGCCGUUGCAUGUCGUUCUGCAAGAUUGGAUCAGGCAUACCGAUGGGAAAUUGAGCUUUCUUGGUUUUGUCAAGCUAUUGCAUGGCAUGUCCAGCAGGUCCCUGUCAAAGAUGAGAUAGCUGUUGAUAAUCUCUAACGAGUAACAGCACAAGUUUACCCUGCCCUUGCCCCUGCUGACUUGGUUCACAGAAAAAAUUAACAGGGCUAAAGAACCGUCAGAUUGGAGCUUGAAUAUCGAGGGCAACUGUGUUGUAGUACCACCUGAUCUGUCACUAAUUUGAGUAUAGAGUUAUGCUUGUUGUUGCCUGCCUACUGAUCAGUUAGUUGAUAGGAAAAAGGAAAGUCUCACCCAUGUCUGCAAUAUGUGAUGUUUCUAACCGUCUUAGAAUAGUCGUCAUGUUCUGUUGCUGUGAUUUUGGAAACAACUUUGUAAUGCCCUGGUUCCUGGAACUGGAGCAAAUUAGCUGCAGUCACUAGGAUGGUGUUUGGAACGUGGACGUAUCACUUACUGCCAUUGUCAAAUGUGCCAUUAGACUGCGCGAGAUGAAAAUGCGACUUAUCUGUUGUUCUUCA